GCGCCGGAUACCUCGCACCGAGUAGCAUACUCUGCCAUUUCACUCGUCAGCAAUCAAUAGAAGCAAUAGUUUUGGUUUUGUUAUUCUCUGUUAAACCCCUAACUUCAGCUUCAAGCGACACGUCUCGACACUCGCUAUCACACGUCACUGCCCCUCCAUUGCCCCUCCAUUCGCCAUGUCAGCGGUUGCGGCACAAACUUACCCGCCGUCUAUCACCAAUGAUGAGGUCGCGCAUCUUACAGAUGUUGUGAAGGAUUGGUCUGCCGGAAAUGGUCUUGUCAUUCGCCCACCUGCAACUGUAAUUGCUGCAGAUGCUGACCCGAAUGGUAUUACUGCCGUCAGCGCGCCAAUAACUCUCUUCCCCAGCCAAUUCCCCAAGGAGUGCUUUGCGCAGGCGAACGAGGUACAGCAGACUUAUAAUGAACUUUAUGCGGCUGUGAGCAGAAAUGAGGCAUUCUUGGAAGAAACUGUCAAGGCGCAAGUAAAGUCCUCCUUCGAAAAAGCCAAGGGCUAACGGUCAAAAAGUGUCGCAGACGGAGACGACUUUAUCCGCAACCUUUGGGAUAUUCAUACCAAGGUGAAGGCGGAAGGUUAUACUCAAGAUUUAUCACUCGGCCUCUUCCGCUCUGAUUACAUGGUGCACCAGGAUGAAGCCACAGGCUCGUCCCAAGUCAAGCAGGUCGAAUUCAACACCAUCGCUUCUUCAUUCGGAGGCCUGUCAUACAACACGUCACGACUACACAAAUUCCUUAGCGCAACAGAGUACCCUCUCCUAGACAACCCUAUACAAGCCAACACCAUGGACCUGCCCGAGAACACCAGUACUGAAGGCCUUGCGGCUGGUAUUGAGGCGGCCUAUCACGCAUAUCCGGAGUCUGAUCUUGGUCAUUCUAAAUGCAUCUUGUUCGUAGUGCAAAGUGGAGAGCGCAACGUAUUCGAUCAGCGCCAUCUCGAAUAUCAAAUCGCAAAGACAUCACCCACUGCCCCUGUCUUUCGUCUUGCCUUUGGCGAUUUUCUCAAGCAUACAUCGAUCGCUGAUACUGCUAAGCGCCAGCUUCUCUACCAUCUUCCGCGCAACCGCAACAAGACAUUUGAAGUUGCCAUUGUGUAUCUAAGAGCUGGCUAUGGGCCAGGCGACUACCCUGACGAAGCGGCUUGGGAUGCCAGACUACAGCUUGAGCGUUCGGCGGCUAUCAAAUGCCCUACAGUGCUGACCCAACUGGCUGGAACGAAAAAGGUGCAGCAGGUACUGGCUACCCCGUCUACCGGCUCCACAUCCUCGGCUCUCAGUGCCUUUAUCAAGGCCGAUACAGCAGAGGCAGCAGCACUAAGCCAGACAUUUACCAACAUAUAUCCUAUGGAUACAUCUGCCGCUGGCCUGACAGCAAGGAAGCUGGCAUUGGACCCGGCAACGGCGGCAGCCUAUGUACUAAAACCCCAGAGAGAAGGAGGCGGCAACAACAUUUACCGUGGUGCUAUCCCGGGUUAUUUGGCCUCCGUGCCAGAAGAGCACUGGGGUUCAUACAUUCUAAUGGAGCUCAUCACACCACCGCCCGUAUCCAACCUCAUUCUUCGCAAUGGCAAUAUCGAGAAGGGCGGUGUUAUCUGCGAGUUGGGCGUCUACGGCACAUGCUUGUGGGAUCAGGCCAGCGGUAAGAUUCUUCGCAAUGAAACAGCCGGAUAUCUGUUGCGUACCAAGGGUGACAAGAGCGAGGAGGGUGGCGUCGCAGCUGGUUACGGGUGCAUGGAUAGCUGCUAUUUGGUUUAAAGUGUGCUUUCGCCUCCCUUCUUUAUAUUUCCGGACACAUUACACGCAUAUAGACAGUUCAGAGUCGAGCGAUACUAGAUGGAGCAAAUAUUAUGUAUUGACAGCGCAUCAGCUUCCGCCUCUGCGUACUCGUGUACAAACGAAGCUAUACAACGCUGCGGUCCAUCACGCGCAGCAUGAUUGGUAUUGUAGUGUCUUUUUUUGUCGUAUUAUAUUCUAUUACAUUCGGGAGCGGAGAGGAAAGACCUCUUCUUGCAAAGAGACCAGGUCGUGAAAGAUGCCCCGCUUACUGUUGGGACUCCUGGUUCUGGGGACGGCGGAUGACCUCAAUGUUGCCUAGAACGGGGUGAUAUAGAUUAGCAACUGCUUCCAACCUGGUGAUUGUCGGCAAACUUACGCUGGACAAUGUUGAGGGCAGUGCGGCUGGUGCCAUUGGCAUCCUCGUAGGAGCUGAGGGUAGCAUCACCCUCGACGAAGACGGUAGCGCUGCACAACACAGGUUAGCAAUGGGAUUCGUUUUAACCAAGCAUCUUUGUCUCCUUUUUGCAAUUCGAGCGAAUGCGCAUAGCUUGUAGCCAUUGCGAGGAGCAUGAUGCGCAAAUCGGUACUUACCCCUUGGGAAGAGUGAGGAGGUAGUCGCGGCGACCGCCCUCGAGGAAAGCAGUGACGCGGAACCAGCUGGUCUGGCGGUUAUCGCGGGGGCCGCUGUUGCUGGCGACGGCGUACUUGAUGAUCUCGCGGCCGCUGCCGGUGGUGACAACCUCGGGGGUGUCAGCAAGGUUGCCGAUGAUGGACAUGCGGGCAAUGGAGCGAGGGGAGGAGGUGCUGAAGGCGCGGGCAGCGCCAAAGGAGGCGGCAGCAGUGCGGCGGAACAUGAAGGAGGACAUGGCGGCUGAGUUGGGAGGAGUGGGUGAAGAUGUCGAAAAUGUAGUGGAAGUGGUAGCGGUG